AUGUCGUACUUCGCAUCGCCUGUGCACACGCCACCGCCGAACUGGCGCGGACAGGCAGAGCAUCCGGACCGUGUGACCACCGCGAUGAGCGCGCUGCAAGCAGCUGGCAUCACCACACGCUGCGAUUUGCUGCAGUGCGGCCGGGAGGCGAGCGACGAGGAGCUGCAGCGCGUGCACUUGCGCAAGCACCUCGACCAGUCGGCCGCUCGCGUCGCCGCCGCCGCUGUCAUCGACGCCACGAAGCACGUGCUCGGCGAUCACGGCCCUCGCCGAUCGUUUGUCCUGGCGCGGCCGCCGGGCCACCACGCGAGCCGCACUGGCGUGCCAGACGAGGGCGGCGAGGGUGAUUUUGCAGAGGGCGGCUGCUACUACAACUCAGUCGCGGUCGCGGCGGCAGCGGCGCAGCAGGAUGGCGUCGAUCGCAUCGCCAUCGUUGAUUUCGACGUGCACCACGGCAACGGCACGCAGGAGAUUUUCGAGUCCGACCCCUCCGUCCUGGUGAUCUCGCUGCACGCCGACCUUCGCUACCCGGGCACGGGCGCCAUCGAGGAGGUCGGCGAGGGCGCGGGCGCAGGCUUCAACGUCAACAUAAUGUGGGAGGGCUCCGCGGAUUGGCCGCCGCACUACGCGGACUACGCCGUCGCCGUCAAGCUCGUGGUACUGCCUAUUCUCCAGGCGUUUCGACCAGGGCUGCUGCUCAUCUCGGCCGGCUUCGACGCGGCCGAGGGCGAGGGCUUCCAUGCGAAGCUGGCGCCGGAGAGCUUCGGCGCGAUGACCGAGUCAAUGCUCACGGCGCUGCCGGACGUGCCCACCGUAGCGGCGCUGGAGGGUGGCUAUGUGCCGCCCAUGGUCGCCAGGUGUUGCGUGGCCGUCAUGGGCGCGCUGCUCGGCGACAAGGUGGACGAGCCCGAGGAGACCAAGAUCUCCAAGCUCAGCGAGAGCAAAGGCUGCAAGGCGACUUUGCUGAAGGUGGCCGAGGCGCACGAGGCGCAUUGGGGCGAGAGCGCCAACCUGACGGUCGCCAAGGUCAAGGCCUUCUUCGAAGGGCAGAGAGAGCGGCAGAAGGGCCUGCCGAAUGUCCGCGGUUCGAAGCGGGGGCGUGCCUAG